CAUGCCAUCGCCUUACUUAACGCAAGAAUUAUCCAAUGAUAUGGAUAGACUAGACUACAUGAUUCACAGCGCUAGAAAAUUUGAAGAAAUUGUCAGAUUGACUAAAGAGGUCGUAGAUCUGAACGCAAAAUGCCGACGUCUCGAAACACAAGUUGAGUCGAUGGAGGGCCGUGUCGUAGAUAUGGACACAGAGCUGGACCGUAAGGAAGACCUCACACAACUCUACCAGAACGAAACGGAGAAUCUACGCACGGAUAAUCGGAAGCUCCGCUGGGAGAACUACGACCUACGGCAGGAGAAUCAAGCACUUGAGUCGAAGUUACGCCGCACUAGGCUGGGAUUGGCAUGCCCCGUCUGCCAACGUCAUUGCUGUAUCGACUGCAAAUGGACAGUGACAAGAGAACGACCAGUGUCCAUCACCACUCGGCCAAAGAGUGCUCGUCCUCGUGCUUUGCCUUUCAAGUAACCAGUUGCAAAGAGUUCGUUAAACGAGAAAGAAUUACGAAAAGACCCGAUAACGAUUUUUAAAAAGAACCCGAGCUGUAAAAUGAUAUCAAAUUAACGUUUAUAAGCGAACCCGUGUUUAGUACUUCACGGAGUAAUUAUAGUAAACGUAAUGUAAUAUGGAUUACAUAUGUGUGCUUACUUCACUUGGAUAUAUUUUGCAUAAUGUGUUUUUGAAAUCGUUAACUAAAAUAUAAAUAAAAAAUUUGUUUAAUAUAA